AUGAAGGCGAAUACAAUGCAGUCUCUCUCCGUGGGCCACACCCGCAUCGCAAUUGCUGAAGUGACCAUCUUCUCUUUCAUCCAAUUGGUACAAUUUAUCACAAGAUUCAUGCAAGAAUGGCAGUACUGGCACCACAGAAGGAAGAGAAAUGUCCGCAGAUGCGUGCUGUACUCCUGGUUUGGCAUGCUUGGGAUUUUGGCGCAGCUCCGAAUUGCAGGUUCCGCGAUGGCGAUAGCUGUUUCCAAUCCGAGCAAGGUGGUCUUGACGGCGGAGAUCAUUCUGCAAAGCAUCGGACUCUCGCCUCUGUUGUUGGAGGUGAGCCUUGUCCUGUUGCGAAGCGGACAAGCUGGACGAAGCGGCCCCGGAAACUCAAAGUAUCCGAAACACUUGCGUUUCUUGCUUACCGGCUUUCGUUUCCCAGUCAUCUUGUCUUUGGUCUGUGCCGUAGUGGGUGAGACGAUGAAUAUUUCCGCCUGCAAGCGUAUUGGUUCGGCCGUCUUCGUCAUUACCUUUGCCUUCGUGAUCGGCCUUGUACUUUGGAUAGCAAUCGCGUACCGCACGGUUCUGCCCAGAAUCGGCCACCACGGUGUGAUGCUGGUCCUUGCUACUCUGCCAUUCUUGGUUGUUAGAAUCGCCUACUUUCUGCUGAGUGAGUAA